AUGGAUCAGAGUAUUAUUCAAGACAUAGAAGAUUCACCUACCGAAUCUUCGUCAUCGCCAGAGUACGAAGAUGCGCUCGGAACAGCUGAAUCGUCAGACCACACGGAAUAUCAAGAUGCAGUAUCGGUUCAUAAUUCAAACUCGCCAGACAGAAGCAAUGAUAGCGACGCUACUGAUGUAGUUGAAACGGAACCAAGCUCCGGGAAAGACAAUAACGUUUCUGAAGGAACAUCUUGUUCGAAGGGAGAUAGAAGUGAUGGUCUGUCAGAUGUUGCCACACCGGAGCCAGGAUCAUCGGAAAGAGGCUCGACAAGUGUGGGGAGCAUCGAUAACAAAACAGGACUUGAUAAAGAGAUUCAACCUGAAGACAAGACUAAAACUCAGAGCAUUUCUACAUCGGUCAAGAAGCCAUACGACAGAGAUUCGACAAAUCCUGAAGAACCAUCAUCCAAAAAGGUACGAUCUGAAGGUCCAAGCGAGCAUAGCCAAGAACACUCUUCUAACAAUACAUCAGACAGCCAUAUCGAUUCGUCACCACAAAAACAACCGGUAUCGGGUUGA